GUGUUUCGCUGCCUGCUGCUCUCGGUUGAGUCAGAACGAAGGAGAGAGAAGGAUAGGCUGCUUGCCCACCGCAGCACCAACUAGACAACCCAAGAACUGCGGGUAUAAACAAAUGCACGCAUUAUCUUGGCGGAUGACUGGAGGGCUAUCUUAACGCGUUAAUUAGGCGUUUUCAAUUGGCAGGCGGUCUGACUGCUCAUUUAGAUUAGUCACAAGUUAAAUUUGGGCGGAUUACGACGACUGACAUUUAUUUCAAAACCAGCUUGUGUUGCUUUGGAGUUUUCCAUGUAUUGUGAGUGAAACAGUGAAGAAAUGACGGAGCUGCGAAAGAGGGGAGGAGGCGGAGACCCUGACAGCACAGAAAACAUCAGUGACAAGGAGACAGAUGGAGAAGACAGACUGGGUUUGGGUGCAGAGGGAGAAGGGGACGGGGAGGGCGACUCCAAGGCUGACACUCCAGACGUGCCCCCCUCCGUAGACAACACUCCACAGUGUCUCAACAAGGCCCUAGGGGGCCUGUCGUCCAGAUGGAAGAACUGGUGGAUACGAGGGAUUUUAUCAUUAACAAUGAUCUCAGGCUUUUUCCUCAUCAUUUACCUGGGGCCCAUUAUGCUUAUAGUGGUGGUCAUGAGCGUGCAAAUCAAGUGCUUCCAGGAAAUCAUCCACAUUGGCUACAGAGUUUACCAUUCCUACGAACUCCCCUGGUUCAGAACACUGAGCUGGUAUUUCUUGAUCUGUGUGAACUACUUCUUCUAUGGGGAGACAGUGGCUGAUUACUUUGGGGCACUAGUGCAGAGAGAGGAGCCUCUGCAGUUCCUGGUGCGCUAUCACCGCUUCAUCUCCUUUGCACUGUACCUGGCAGGUUUCUGCAUGUUUGUGCUGAGUUUAGUGAAGAAACAUUACCGCCUGCAGUUUUACAUGUUUGCUUGGACCCAUGUGACGCUGUUGAUUGUGGUAACUCAGUCACACCUUGUCAUUCAGAACAUGUUUGAAGGGAUGAUCUGGUUCAUUGUUCCAAUCUCCAUUGUCAUCUGUAAUGACAUCAUGGCGUACCUGUUUGGCUUCUUCUUUGGGAGAACCCCCCUGAUCAAGCUCUCUCCCAAGAAGACUUGGGAAGGAUUCAUCGGAGGAUUUUUCUCCACAGUGGUCUUUGGGUUCAUUUUUGCCUACCUGCUGUCUCAGUACCAGUACUUUGUGUGUCCAGUGGAGUACAGCAGCGAGAGCCUCAGGUCAUUCAGUCUGGAGUGUGAGCCUUCGGAGCUGUUCGUCAUGCAGGAGUACACCCUGCCCCUCAUGGUGCAGAACAUCCUCAGAUGGAGGACGGUGAACCUGUACCCAUUCCAAAUCCACAGCAUCUUCCUCUCCUCCUUCGCCUCCCUCAUCGGACCCUUCGGAGGCUUCUUUGCCAGUGGCUUCAAGCGAGCCUUCAAAAUCAAAGACUUUGCCGAUACCAUUCCUGGACAUGGUGGGAUCAUGGACCGCUUUGACUGUCAGUACCUGAUGGCUACGUUCACGCAUGUUUACAUUGCCAGCUUCAUCAGAGGGCCCAACCCCAGUAAGGUGCUGCAGCAACUGUUGGUCCUACAGCCGGAGCAGCAGCUCAGUAUCUUCAACACGCUUCGCUCCCACCUGCGAGAGAGGGGAAUGCUGCCCCCUGCAGUCCUGGAGGCCCAGUGAUCCAGCACACGCAGUGGAUGUGUGUGGGCCUAUACGUCAGUCACUCACACACAAAAACAUUCACUUCACACUGAAAUGCACUCACACAGAUGCUGUCAUACACAGACACUUACACAGACACACACACAUACACACACACACACACAUACACUGGUCCCUGCACAAGUUUCAUCAUUCAGCAUCACUGCGAUUGCGCUUCACAUCUCCUAGCAAUAGCACGCUGCCAUGGCAACAGCUGACACAACAACAACAACAACAGCAGCAGAAUCAGCAUCAGCCAUAGUGCUGCGUCCAUCUUUCUCGUCCCCUUGGGCCACACGAAAGGAAACUCGCAUCCCUACUAAAGAGGACAGAGGCUCAGCUCCGUGAGACACCCACCAUGAGGGCUUUUCCAAUAAGCAGCACACACACUCUCUCCCUCACACUCACACACACUCACUCACCCUCACUCAGCCACUCUGCUCUACUUGUCAGUCCUUUCUCUCCCCCUUGGUAUUUUCCUGCAGAUGAAGGCUGGGAAGCCUCAAAGACAGGCAAAGAAAUAGAGGCAUAGGAGAGUGAGUAGGUGCAGGAGCUCUAGCGCCACCUGCAGUUCGGACACUCUGUUGCUUGCACUGAUUCCAAUCCUUUGGCCCUUUAUGCAAUCCUGGCUUCCAUUUGCACAGUGCAGUUUUCUCUUCUUAUUUUGUUCUUUUUUUUUUUCAGUUUCUCUGGGUCUUAACGCAAAUGAGCAAAUAGUGAAUGAAUUGGCUCCAAACUCCGGUUUUGUUCAUGCUUAAAUCUUUUGGCAGCAUGAGCCUCACAGUCGAUCUGUUUUGGAUGUGAGUGUGGAGGCGACGUUUUUUGCACCUCAGCAUGUUUUAAUAAGUCCUGUCGUACGCUGCUGACCUAAGCCAUGUCUUCCUCCCUUUGCACGUCAUCAGCUGUGUGUGUGUGUGUGUGUGUGUGUGUGUGUGUGUGUGUGUGUGUGUGUGUUUGUUUGGUGUGCUAGAUUAAACCAACCACAGA